AUGGCUGACCGAUACACAUUUCGUCCCCUUUCAGACCAGGGCUCCCCGGAAUCUCCAUGGGCUGCCGAUGCCUCUCGGAGUUCCCGCAAGAUCAUCGUUUGGGACACGCCGACUGACUCUUCAUGCAUGGUCGUUCUGGUCAACGAACAAGUCAAACAAUUGUUCCGCCAGGUACUGGGACGCCCGAAUUCAUCCGCCGCCCGAUCAAUCCUAGCAAAUUUCCCAACAAUCCCCGAGCCAAGCUGGGCCGCUUGUUUACAAGAGGUCCUUCCAGUGCAAUACCUUCUCGUCGCGCUGAAAGAGCUCACCGUGGUGGCACCACACCAUCUCGACGUUCGACAAGCUGUACAAGAAGCCGGCAUGCUAGUAAAGGACGAGGCAUUGAAGUUUAUCCAGGCUAUGCCCCGAGAAGAGACUUAUUCAAAUCCAAUGGCUACUAUCAUGGCGAUGGACUGCUUUUUGGCACUGGGGCUCCAUGUGCCAACAUUCUACCUCGUCGCCAAGGGCUUCCUGCUUGAUUUUCUGGAUGACUCCGGAGGAGCGAUGUUGCUUCUCAGAGGCUUUGAUGGUGGCAUGUACUCAGCUCAGUUCUCAUUUUUGAUGUUCAAGAACGUGCUAAAUUACUACCGCCACAAUAAACCCGGAGCGCUGAAUCCGUAG